AUGUCAAAACAUGCAAAAUUAAUUCAAGGAGAAGAUAGUGAAGAAGAAGAGGAUUCAUAUGAAAUUGAUGAAAUACCACAAAAUGAAGGAUCAGAGGGGGAAUAUGAAGAGGUUGAGGAACAGAUUGAAUAUGAAGAUGGGAAUAUAUCAGAUUGUAAUAAAAAUGAUGAUCAAGAUAUAGGAGAACCAUUGGAAGAAGAGGAAUACUAUGAAGAAGAGUAUAAUGAAGAGGAAGAAGAGUAUAAUGAAGAGGAAGAAGAGUAUAAUGAAGAGGAGCUGGCAUUGGGUUUGGAUCUUUUUUAUAUAGCAGUACCAAACAAAGAUAAUAUACAACAAGAAGAAGAAAAAGAAUUAUUUAUUGAAAAUCAAAUAUCACCAGAUCUAACUAUAAACGCUGCAUCUGAUCACCAAAUAAAUAUUGAUUUAGAACAAAAUAAAAUAAAUCAAGAUCAAGAAAAAUUAGCACAAGAGCAUUUGGUACAAAAAGAAAAUGAAAGAUUAGAAAAGGAAUCUUUAGAGCGAGAAGAAGCAGAUCGUAUCGAAAAAGAAAGACAAGAAAAGGAACGAAUUGAACAGGAAAGAUUGGAGGCAGAGCUUAUAGAAAAAGAAAGAUUGGAGGCUGAACGUAUCGAAAAAGAAAGAUUAGAAAAAGAAAGACUAGAGGCCGAACGUAUCGAAAAAGAAAGAUUAGAAAAAGAAAGACUAGAGGCUGAACGUAUCGAAAAAGAAAGAUUAGAAAAAGAAGAAAAUGAACGUAUUGAAAAAGAAAGAUUGGAGGCCGAACGUAUCGAAAAAGAAAGAUUAGAAAAAGAAAGACUAGAGGCCGAAC